AUGUCGCUGCUGCCAUCUGUUCGGUUGCACCUCAACCCCUGGAGGAACUAUGAGAACUUCCAGCACCAUACGCUGGCCCAGCGUCAUGAAUACAUGAUCGGCCGUCUGGAGAAUGCAAAGCGACGAGAAUGGAUGUGGGUUGUGAUUGUAGCGGGCAUUGGGUUCUUCACGGACGCCUACGCAAUCUUCUCAGUGAACAUGGUGAACCCCAUGAUUGGGAUUGUCUACUAUAAUGACCGGGAUAACUUACCGCGCAGCUACGGGGUAGCCAUGAGUAUUGCCACUCUCAGUGGUGCUUUGGUCGGGCAAGUUGUCUUUGGCAUUGCUGCUGAUAUCUGGGGUCGUCGCAAGAUGUACGGCCUGGAAUUAGUUGUCCUGAUCUUUACAACUCUGGGCGUGGCAUUUGCGUCACAGGGCGCCCGGGGCUCUAUGGAUAUUAUGGGGCUGCUGAUAUUCUGGCGAUUCUUUAUGGGCUUUGGGCUUGGUGGUGACUACCCAUUGUCCGCGGUUAUAUGCGCCGAGUUUGCUCCCACGCGUAUUCGAGGCCGCAUGCUCGCAGCCGUAUUCUUCUGCCAGUCUCUCGGCCAACUGGCAGCCAACCUUGUCGCGCUGAUUGCCGUAGCUGGCUUCCAUCACCGGCUCAAAGCCGAUGUUGAUGAUAAUGUCCUCUGCAGCUUUGGAGACCCGCUAAAGGCCGCCGACGAGGACUGCAUCCGGGGCGUCGACUCCAUGUGGCGUCUCAUUGUUGGCCUUGGGGCUGUCCCGGCAUUCAUCGCCCUGUGGUUCCGACUCACUAUCAUCGAGUCCCCGCGAUAUACGGCAGAGGUCACCCAGAACAGUUUACAGGCUGCAGCAGAUGUUUCAUACUUCUUUCGAUCUGAUGAGGCUCUACCUGCGCCUGAGAUGCGGCAGGUUCGAGAGCCUGCCGAUACCGAACUGUCCCCCGCGACCUCAAGGCCAGACUCCUACCUAUCCAGUCUCAACACGAGCCACUCUUCGGCCCCGGAGGUGGAAGUCGCAGGUCCAGUCAAUUUAGGCACUUUCUGGAGAGCCUUCAAACUGUUCGCCUCCAAGCCCAAGCCAUUUCGGAUCCUAUUCGCGACCUGCUUCUGCUGGUUCUGUCUAGACCUCCCAUUCUACGGGCUCGGGCUGAUCAGUCCCAAAGUCAUCAAUAAGAUCUGGGAUGGCAAGUCAGACACCGAGCCAGGCGUUGCAGACUUUCUCUUCCAGAAUUCAUACAAGAGCAUGGUUGUCGUUUCCAUCGGGGCCGUGGUGGGCAAUCUCCUGGCGAUUUUCACGAUUGACCGUCUAGGGCGUCGCAAUAUCCAACUGAAUGGCUUCUUUUGGCUUUUUAUCCUUAAUAUCGUUAUCGGGGCUACUUUUCGUCCGUUGGCGCAGACGGAUCAUCCGAAUGCGUUGAUUGUCUUGUAUAUCUUGUCUCAGAUCUUCUUCAACUUUGGCCCGAACACAACAACAUACAUCAUGCCAGCAGAACUCUUCCCCACUCGCUUCCGCUGUACCUGCCACGGUCUCGCCGCCGCCUCAGGCAAACUCGGCUCGGUGAUAGCGCAGUGCUUCAUCAGCUUCGUGGACUUCGGAAAAGGGUCAAGUGACAAAAGCGCUGAGCCGGAGAACUGGCUGGGAUAUGCGCUUUUGUGUCUCUCUGCAUUCAUGCUCCUCGGUCUGAUUAUUACAUAUUUCUUUAUUCCGGAUGUCAAAGAUGAGGGGCGAAAAAUUAAGUCUUUGGAACGACUAGCGGAGGACUUGUUGUCGGAUACGGGGGGUGAGGUUGGGGAUCCUGAUGGGAGGGUUUUCCCUAAUGGGAAUGCGUGA